AUUUCUCCAACAAGGAAGGUUUGUUGUGGUCGUCUUAGACUUCUUUUCACACCUUCUCUCUUUUUCUCCCUUCUUCUCUUGUUUUCACACCAUCUGAGAUUGCAGAACUCUUCAAUUUUAGUUCAUGAGUAGAGAGAAAAAGAGGAAUACAUGGGUCAAAAUGUCGAAGAUCAGAUCAUUCUACAUGCCGGUUCGAAGGCUUUGGUCGAAUCGGAAUACGAAAAAUCAAUCUUUGCAAUGAUGCCCAAGUCACCGAUGGAAAGCGGGAGACCGAGUAGUAUGGUUGUGAAGAAGCCAACUUCAGUUAUACCUCCACACAUAGUAGCUGAAGCAAUAUCCACCCUCCAUGGCCUUGAUCUUCGAUGGUCCGGCCCGAUCACCCCGAGCGAAAUGAAGUAUGUAGAACAGUACGUCCUCGCUAAAUACCCACAGUACUGCAAUGGCCUUAUCGAAGAAGGCGAUAAGACCGACCUCUUCUCCCUCUGCUUCAACAAUGAUUCCUCAGAAACUGCAGGCCCACCCGACGAUAAGCGCAAAUCUCCCCGCGGCCUUCGAGACUCCUCCACUCCUUCAUUCGGGAGCAAUCUCCCUGAUCUUGAUAAGACCCAAUUGGAGCCGUCCCGUCUCCUUGACAUCCUAAACAAGAAAUCAUCGUUCCCGGGGAGCUUCAUAUCAAUCCCUGAAAUUCAAGCCCGAAACCGUGUUCUAAAACACUGCGGUCUAACCGAAGAUGAAUAUCUAGUCCUCUUCAUCCCAAACUACAAAGACGCCAUGAUGCUUGUUGGGGAGAGCUACCCGUUCUUCCGCUACAAUUGCUACAUGACAAUCAUCGACGAGGAAGUGGACUACAUAAGGGAGUUUGCAACUUACAAGGACUCGAAGGUGAUCCCGGCACCCGAAAGCUGGUUGGAUUUGAGGAUCAAAGGAUCACAGCUCAGUCAGUACUUCAGAAGGAAAUGUAAGCACAGCCCCAAAGGGCUAUUCUCUUAUCCGGCCGAAGUGAGGGGGACGCGCUACUCAAUGCACUGGGUCUCUGAGGCCCACCGGAACUCGUGGCAUGUUCUUUUGGAUGCGACGGGGCUCCUAGUUGGUGAAGAUCGGCUCGGCCUCGCACUCCAUCGGCCUGAUUUUGUCCUGUGCACACUUGAUAAUACACAUGCCCACCCUUCCAAGAUUACAUGCCUCUUGGUGAGGAGGAAAUCCUUUGAUACAUCUUCAGCUUCAUGAAAGCUUGUAUCAAUGAUGGUAAUAUCUUCUAUACUUGUAUUUGCUUUGGUUGGAGUUGAAGAAGAGAAAGUGGGUCCCAUUUAGGGAGCUAUUUGCACCUGAAAUUUUUGAUGCACACACCUCGUACAAUUAUAAAAGGUGGAAAAAAAAGGGUGUAUGGAUCAAAAACAAUAGGUGUUUAAAUAUCAUUUUCUUCUCUUUUCCAUACCCAAAGGUAUAACCUAUGUAUAAGGAACUGAGAAGCCUGAUUGAGAGAUCUAAGAGUUUCAAAAUUCAA